AAGAAAAAUUAAGGCACAUACCGAGUAGAGAGUCACAAAUGGAUCUCAUGAAUCUUUUCCGAAAAGAAAAUACACAUGGUCAACGCUGUUGCAGCUCAAACACAGGAUCCACAACCAAAGCACUAUUCGGAUCAAAUCAGCGACAUUCACUAAAACAUUUAGACAAAAGAAGACGAUUACGUCGAGCUCUCACAGAUAAUAGGCUGGUUAUAACCCAACAUUUUACUGAGCGAACCGUAACUCCAGGUGGUGAUAUAAGUAUGCAAUGUGCUGCCACUGGAGAUAGACCUCCACAGUUUGUUUGGGAGCGAGAUGGAGUUGCUGUAUCAAGCAACACAGAUCCUAGGUAUGCGUUGGGACAAAUUAUGACGGCAGAUAACUCUGUAAUAGCCCAACUCAAUAUAACCAGAGUCCGAGUGGAAGAUGGCGGAUUGUACGCUUGUAUAGCGAAGGAAGGUGAACAUUCAGCCAGCAGUGAAAACAGACUGGACGUUUAUGGUCCACCUUACAUUCGGUCACUACCACCAAUUAAGGCCCAAAGCGGUGAAUCAAUAAAUCUUAGAUGUCCAUUCUAUGGAUAUCCCAUAAGCAAAAUCGAUUGGGAACACAAAGGCAAAACGGUUAACCUAAACAGUCUUUUUCAAUCACGUUACAAAAGAACACAAAAUCACCAAAAAAGAAAAUCAAGAAGAAGCAUUGUCAAUAUACACGGAGUAUUGACGAUUCCUGAAGUAAAUAAAGAAGAUAAUGGAGCUGUUUAUACUUGUAUAGUGACAUCGCCGUCUGGUGAAAUGGCUAGACGAUCGUUUGAAAUACAAGUUAUAGAGGCACCCAUUUUGGAGGAUUUACUUCUUGGUAAUAACCUACAGGAAGGACAAAUAGUAAAUAUUUAUUGCAACGUACGAAGCGGUGAUUUACCAAUACAUUUCGAAUGGUUAAAAGACGGAAAAAGAAUUUCAAGCAAUUUGAAGGUAAUCGAAAGAAGUUCGGAAUUAUUCAGUGCACUGGUUAUCAAGAAAGUUGCGUUGGAACAUUGUGGUACAUACACUUGCGUAGCGUCGAACCACGUAGCCAAGGUCAAUAAGUCCACGGAAUUAUAUAUCAAAGUUGCACCGAAAUGGCUAGAAGAACCUUCAAAUUCGUCUCUUUUGCUCGGAAGAAAAGGCAUUGUAUCUUGCAGCGCGAGCGGCUAUCCACAGCCACAAGUACAUUGGAUGAAAAAAGAUGCUCUUCUUGGUACUUGGCAACCUGUCCUUGAACUAGCUGGAGGAGGGAUCCUAAGUCUUCCCAACGGAAGUCUUGUCAUUGAAGAAGUUUCCUUGACAGACGAGGGCUUGUAUUCAUGUAAUGUGGAAAAUGGUGUUGGAACACCACUGAGCAAAACUGUCUGGAUGACAGUGAAUAAACCAGUGCACUUUGACACGUCAUCAGCUAAUGUAACAUCACGACUGGGCCACGCCGUCUCUUUGGAAUGUCGCGCGCUUGGUGAUGACCCUAUCAGAAUCACAUGGAACCAUAAUGGAAACAAUAUAGACUUUCAGAGUCACAGAGCAAAGCACUCAGAGACAAAAACCUCGCUUGGUGUUACCAGCACCAUAAACAUACAGUAUUCAGAAACAGCUGACGCUGGCUUCUAUCAAUGUCGAGCGAGCAAUCCGUAUGGAUCGGCUAGCUUCAACACAUUCCUUACCAUAUUAGAACCCCCCACCUCUCCCUCCGAACUCAGGGUAGAGACAGUUCGAUCUCGUACAGCAUCAGUGUCAUGGCGGGACGGGGCGCACGCUGAGUAUUACACAUUGCAACACACGCCUGCUCAUUACGCUGAUGACUGGGAAUACGCCGUUAGUCUUAAUAUUACAAGGAAAGGCAACGACAUUCGUCAAACGAUAGAGCUACAAAACAUCAGACCAGCGACGGCUUACGCGGUGCGAGUAGCGACUGGUAACGAAGUGGGUGUCAGUCGUUUCACAACGCCUGUACAUUUUACAACACACGAGGAAGCUCCAUCUUCAACACCAAUUAAUAUACAAAUUGAACAAACUGAAAAUCCUGGCGAACUGUUUGUCUCCUGGCUGCCUCCACCCAAAGACACUCACAACGGCAUCAUAACAGGAUACCACGUGAAGGCUGUUCCACAACAAGGUUCCCCUAUUUUAGCAGAUACUGAUACAAGGACUUUGAAAGUUUCAAAGUUAUCCGGAAAACAAGAGACUGUCAUCAGUGGUCUACUCAAAAAUACCAGAUACGCUGUCUCCAUAUCAGCUUUCAACAGUGCCGGAUCAGGUCCAUUUUCGAUUCCAGUAUUUCAAGAUACUAUGGAAGGAGCUCCCGAAAUCGCUCCAUCAUCAGUUGAGUGUACGGCCGUAUCAUCAUCGUCACUGCGCGUCGGCUGGCAGCCCAUAGCAAUACACGAACAGGGAAGUUCUUUGAUCGGUUACUCCAUUCUGUAUGGAACUGAAGAAAGCUCUUGGCAGAACCAAACUUCUCUCCACACUGAAAUUUAUCUUCAAGGUCUUUCUAAAUACAGCAACUACACGAUAAAAGUUGCAGGUUUUUCCAACUACGGUGCCGGGCCGUUCUCGUUCCCAAUAGUUUGCACUACGUUACAGGAUGUUCCUGAUCCACCUUCAGAUAUCAAAGUACUUAUCCUAUCAUCCACGUCACUGUUGGUCAGUUGGAAGAAGCCGGAACAUGCUAACGGGGAACUUUUAUAUUAUACGGUUUAUGUGAAACCAACUUCAGGCACUGGUCCACCUCUAACGAGUCGUGUGGAUCCUUCUCGGACGACAGCUGAUAUCAAGGAGUUGACGAGCGGAAGGUCGUAUGAAGUGUGGGUGACUGGAAGUACCGCGGCUGGUGAGGGCGCACCUAGUAGGAGAGCCUCACAUACACCCGCUAAUAGAGUUGUGGCAGGUGUUGCAUCAUUAGGUGGCACCAUAUCAGUGGGAGUGGGUUCAUCCUUACUACUCGUGUGUCAGUGUAUCGGAGUACCACCACCUCGCACUGUGUGGUACCACAAACAUAAUAUAAUAACUCACCAUCCAAGAUUCACGAGAAAUCAUGACGACAGCUUGCUGAUUAACAAUAUAGACCAAUCCCUGAGUGGGAACUACACGUGUCUUGCAAAGAAUCUUUAUGGUUCUGAUUCAGUGGAGUACACCGUUGUAGUUCUUCCGCUGCCCGAAGCACCAACACUACGAGCCACGCCAUAUAAAGACUCCAUACUAGUUGAAUGGGAACAACCUUACUAUAGCAUCAGUAACCGUAGCUCGAGCCAGAAGAUUACUUAUAGCCUAACAUGGAAAGAAGCAAGCGGUCCGUGGCAAGAAGUAUGGUCACCGAAUAAAGUACCUAAUAAAUUAUCCAACCUCUCUGGGGUUCAAAAGCAUGCGCUAACUGGCCUUAAAUGUGGUACAAAAUAUUCAUUGAGGAUCACAGCUACUAACAAAGUUGGGACAUCACAACCAGCUUAUUUGGAUGUCAGCACGCUGGGCGGACCUCCCAUUGCGCCUACCUCAACGGAGUGGUUCUGGAGCAAUUGUUCCCACGUGUUUAUCCAGGCUGCUGGUUGGGAUGAUGCGGGAUGUGAGCUCAGAACGUUGGAGUUGGAACAUCGAGCUCUCGGAGCCAGGAGUUGGAUGAGACCUAUCAAUAUAUUGUCGUACACGGGCUAUCCCUACCAGUAUCGAGGAUCCUUCGCUCUGUCAGGAUUGUCCCCUGGGACAUGGUACGUCCUCCGAAUCACCGCCACCAACGAGGCUGGUAGCGUUACCACCGUCUACAACUACGCCACUAAAAACGAGGAUGGCAGUGAAGUUGGUCCACCGUCGGAAAUCUUUGACAUCAACAUGCUCGUGAUAGUCCUAAGCUCAAUUCUCCUAGCCGUCUGUCUCAUCUGCUGCGUUUAUAUUCUGGUUAAGAGACAACGUAAUGGCAACUUAACGGAAUACCGUGACUCAAUAACAGUCGACAAAUCUGAGAGUGGCAACAUAACAGCAAACACGUCACACAGUAAUCUAGCGAAUGUCAAAGAGAAUGCUAUGAACGCUCAGAACAGAAUAUACAGCGCUCCAAUACAUGUUAGGAAUAAUAGCAAACAUGAAUUAUAUGAGAUAAGUCCUUACGCCCAAUUCGCUGUCGGCUUUCGAACGUUCGGUCACGCUGAAAACAAUGAUGUUCCACGACAUAUCAAACACAGAUACGAUACAGAAACGAGCUUUCAAGUUUGCUCUGAGUCAGAGGACAGUGACAGCAUAUCAAAAUCAACCCUGAAGAGCGUACCGAGAAAAGCGUGUCGCUUGCCGCAUCAUAGGUAACUAGAUAGAGCAAUCUAGGAAUCAAAUUCCACGGACCAUGUAUAUUUUCAAUGUAAAUAAAUACACUUUGUUUAGAAACAAGGUUAUCUAAUCUUCUUUUAAGGCAAAACCGGCGUAAUGUUUUUUUUCACAUCAGUGUCUAGUCUAUUUAGAAAAUGGCUUUGCUGAUAAUGUUUUCCCUGUGUCAUUCAAUGUCACUUUUGCUGUCAUCUUUAUUGCUAUUCGAUGAGGUAUGUUUAUAUUUAAAACUUAUCAAAAUAUAUGUAUUAAGAUAAACAUCUGUUAAUAUCGGUUAUGUGAUUUUAAAAUAUUUAAGCUUCAUUCAUCUUCUUUUAUGAUAAUAAAAAUAAAUUUUAGUUAUUGUUAAUUUAUGAUUUUGUAAAUAGUAUUUGAUAAUUCAUUGUACCGUAAUAGCCAGUUUGUAAAAAUUUACUCUAUGAUAAUUCAUAAUUAUUAAAAAUAUAUAGGUUUGGUCAUAUUUAUAAGCUUAUUUCCGCCUGAUUUUUUAUCUGUACUAAAAUUUUGACUUUUAGCAACUGUAGUAAAUAUUUCAAACGCAGAAUCGAAACUGUUUGUUACUUAUAUCUUAUAGUUUUUAAUGUUCAUAGCAAGUGUUCGAUAGAUAUAAUGUCUAAUAUUAUAUUGUCAGAUAUUCUUCGUGAAUUUUAAAUAAUUGUUUUAGUGUGAUGUGUUAUUUAAGUUAUGACAAUGUCUUUAAACUCGAUUCUCUGUAGAUUGCCUCUGUAAGUCGUUAUAUUUUUAACACAACCGAAAAAUAAAUAUCGCUUAAUUGUUUUUUAGAAGUAUUCUCCAAAAAUCUUAUGAUUUUAUUAGAGGAGUUGUAAGGAUUGCAAGAGUAAUUUAAUAAGCUAUACUGAAUCAAUUGAAUUCUAAAAUAUCUUAUUAUUAAUUAUAGAAUACUUCUUGUAUUAACUCAAACGCUUGGUAGUUUAAUCGAUGAAGUUGUAUUUUGUGUUAUUCCAUUUAAUUUCUGUACCGUAACCAAAUAUUUCUCAUAGUGAAAUUUACAUCAAUUUUAUUCAAUAUGAAUUUUGUAUAAUAUCUAAGUUUACAUUUUCAGAUAAUAUCAACUGUAAGAUGUUAGCCAAAUAUAUCGUCAGUUUUAUAAACUUGUAGCGGAUUUAAAUAAUCUGCGGGAAGACUGAUUAUUCAUUUUAGCGUUCGUUUAUAUAGUAAUAAUAAAUGUUACAUAAAUUUAAA